AUGGGGUCUUUGGGAUUUUCGCUUUCGAUGAUAGCUUCGCUGAGUCCAACUUUGACGGAUUCAAGGCUCGUCUCUUCAGUGGGUUGUAUCUCUACGAUCGUUGCUCCGAGUUUGUCUUCAAUCUCUGUGGUUUAUUCACCAGUGACGAAAAGGAGGGCUCGAAAUUCAGGACUCAGAUAUUCGGCAGCGUCGCCGAGUAUGGAAACAACGGCAGAUUCCGAUGUUAGCGUCGUGUCUCCUGCAACUUCUAAAAAGGUGCUUGUUCCAAUAGGAUACGGUACGGAGGAAAUAGAAGCUGUUGUGUUAGUUGAUGUUCUACGGCGAGCUGGUGCAGAGGUCAUUGUUGCCUCUGUGGAGCAAAAACUAGAGGUUGAAGCAUCUUCAGGGACAAAAUUGCUCGCUGAUGUCUUGAUCUCGAAAUGUGCUGAACAAGUUUUUGAUCUAGUGGCUUUGCCGGGAGGCAUGCCUGGUGCGGUUAGGUUAAGAGACUGUGGAAUUCUGGAGAAGAUCAUGAAGAGACAAGUUGAAGAUAAGCGACUAUACGGGGCUAUAUCCAUGGCUCCAGCUAUUACUCUUCUUCCAUGGGGACUUUUGACUAGAAAGAAGACAACAGGACAUCCUGCCUUUUUCGGGAAGCUUCCUACAUUCUGGGCUGUAAAGACGAACAUUCAGAUUUCAGGGGAGCUUACAACUAGUCGUGGUCCAGGCACUUCUUUUCAGUUUGCUCUUUCCUUGGUGAAGCAGCUCUUUGGAGAAUCCACAGCCAUGUCGGUUCAAGAACUUCUGCUUCUACGCGAUGGUUACCAGAAUCCUAAGAAUGAAGAGUUCAAUAGCAUGGACUGGUCUCUAAACCACACACCUCGUGUUCUUAUCCCAGUAGCCAACGGAUCUGAAGGGGUUGAAGUGGUCACGAUUGCAGAUGUUCUUAGAAGAGCUAAAGUAGAUGUCACGGUUGCAUCGGUCGAAAGAUCUUUGCGGAUUACGGCAUCCCAAAGCACCAAAAUUAUCACAGACAAAUUGAUUGGUGAAGCUGCUGAAUCAUCAUAUGAUCUACUCAUUCUUCCGGGAGGCCUUGCUGGCUCGGAACGUCUACAGAAGUCCAUAAUUCUUAAGAAACUGCUCAAGGAACAACAAGAAACUGGGCGAAUAUAUGGAGCUACUAGCACUUCAUCUACCGUACUGCGUAAACACGGUUUACUCAAGGAGAAGAAAACAGUUGUGUACCCUUCAGACACAGACGGGCCUAUGAAUGACCAAAUGAUUGAAGGGACAGAAGUUGUUAUAGAUGGAAACGUGAUUACAAGUUUAGGGCUCGCAACUGUUACCAAUUUUUCUUUAGCCAUUGUUAGCAAGCUGUUUGGAUAUGGUAGAGCAAGAAGCGUUUCAGAAGGGCUUGUGCAUGAGUAUCGAGGGAAUCUGACGCCGUUUUGA